GUCAGUGGCCUAGUCUCGCACAAAAUCGCGUUGUUUCCAAAUCCCGUUCCUCUUUCUACUAGCCUCCAAGAUGCCAACUAAAAAGUCCAAGACCAGGAAACUCCGAGGACACGUCAGCCACGGACAUGGUCGCGUCGGCAAGCACAGGAAGCAUCCUGGAGGUCGUGGUAACGCCGGUGGCAUGCAUCACCACAGAAUCAACUUUGAUAAAUACCAUCCAGGCUACUUUGGUAAGGUGGGCAUGAGACAUUACCACCUAAAGAGAAACGCGUCCUACUGUCCCACUGUCAACCUGGACAAGCUGUGGACGCUGGUGAGCGAGCAGACCAGGCUCAACUAUGCCAAGAAGCCUGAUGGGCCUGCUCCUGUCAUUGACGCUGUGCGCGCUGGCUACUACAAGGUUCUGGGUAAAGGCAAGCUGCCCAAGCAGCCCGUAAUCGUCAAGGCCAAGUUCUUCAGCCGACAGGCCGAAGAGAAGAUCAAGGCUGUGGGGGGAGCCUGUGUGCUGAUGGCAUAAACGUUCCUGUCAGAUAGUUUUUUGGACAGAAUAAACUGUAUAAAUGGG